AUGGUUUACUUCCUGUUCUAGACGCAUGUGGGAAGUCCACGCGGAUAGUUGUUGAUCUGUUUAAGCCCAGAUGCGGUGUAUGAGCCGUAUGCUGUUUGUAAACUGCUCGAAUAAUUAGUUUAAGUAGUAUUUUUUUAAUAAACCGUUGACAACAUGGUCCGAGCAAGAAGGUUAGUAAAAAAGCCCAGAGCAAAGAAAAAGCAGGAAUAUGACAGUGAUGAUCCUGAAGCUUAUAGAGAUGAAGCCAUUCCAGAUAAGAAAUCGUCAAAGUAUGUGGAGGAUAAAAUAGAUGAAUUCCACAAUCAAAAAAUCUCAAAACUUUUGGCUCAAGGGGUUCAAGAAGACAGCGAUCCAGAGGAUGAAGAUAAAGAGGAGGAGAUUAUGCCCCUGGCACUUUCUGAUUCAGAUGAUGAAGAGGAGGAAGUGCAGGAUGAGGAUGACGAAGAGACAGACAUGGAGAGUGACUUGGAAGGAAAGGAAGAUGAUGACCUCCCAAAUGACAUGGCUUGGGGAAUGAAAAAGAAGAUUUUCUAUGAUUCCGAUUAUAUCACUAAAAAGGGAAAAUCUAUUGAUGACAUAGAGACAGAAGACAAAGAAGAGGAAGAGGAGGCCAAAAAAAUUCAAACGAGAUUGGCAGCCAUCCUAAGUGAGGAAGACUAUGAUUUAAACCUGCUUGAGGAAUUUGCAGUAGAGACGGAAGCGGAGAAGGAGGCUGAAAAAGAGGAAAGGAUUGUAAAGGAUUUAAAGACCAUGUCACAGAAAGAAAAGCUCAAACUGUUAAAGAAAGAAUCACCAGAAUUAUUGGAACUGAUUCAGGACUUCAAAGCAAAGCUUACAGAAUUGAGGGAAGAAGUUCAACCCCUUGUGGAAAUGGUCAAAGAUGGACGGAUUCCUCCUGGAAAGGGUGCAAAAUACCUCAUUACCAAACAGCAGCUUUAUCUAAACUAUUGCACAAACAUUAGUUUUUAUUUGGUUCUAAAAGCAAAACGAAUUCCAGCACAUAAUCAUCCUGUGAUCGAGAGAUUGUUGACCUACAGAAAUCUGAUAAAUGAACUUGGAGCGGUAGACGCUAGACUGGCUCCUCAGCUGCGUCGACUUCUCUCUGGAGAACAGCCAGAUAGAACUUUAAAGAAACCAGCAAGCAGCAAACAUAGAGUUUCAGAAAAGGCUGGGCUGGAAGGAAGCGAGUCUGAAUCGGAUGAGGAAGCGAAUCUGCGCUUUUAUAACGCCAUGGCACAGAGACAAAAGCUCAAGCGGAAGAAUGAAAUGCAGGCCGAGGACAGAUUGGUGGAGGAGGAAAAGCUCGCGGGAGAUGCUAAAAGAGGGAUCACCUAUCAGAUGUCCAAGAACAGAGGGCUCACACCCAAGAGGAAGAAGAUUGAUCGGAAUCCCAGAGUCAAACACAGAGAGAAGUUCAGACGUGCCCAGGUUCGUCGGAAGGGUCAGGUUCGCGAGGUACGGCGCGAGGAGACGAGAUACAGCGGAGAAUGGUCUGGUAUUCGCGCUGGAGUCAAGAAGAGCAUCAAACUCAAGUGAUAAAUCUGCAGAUGACGUUCAUCCAAACUUAAACGUGAUAUUAAAAUGGACUUUUCUGGUGUUUCUGCAUCGUUUACUCUAUCACAUGUUAACAGACAGAUUUGACAUGCUUUAUACAACAAGUGAAAUAAAGUCUAACAAAAUCAA